AUGUGGCGUUUGAAUGUUGGUUGUUCACAGGCUUUGAAACGCUCUGUCAGACGAUUGCCCAAAGAAUCCCGAUUUUUCAAUUCUUAUGCGAAGCCCUUGGCUCAUGGCAAACCCAGCUGGAAAAGCUGGGCCCCGAUUGGUGGUUUGAUCAUUGGAUCUGCGGCUGGUGCAUCCCUAGGACUGUUUGGAUGGGAUAUUCGAAAUGACGAGUUUGCGUCAGUCACGACGCUUGGCGAACUAGAAUCGCCCCGCUACUGUCAAGAUAAAGGGAAGUUCGACGAAGCGAUUACCAAACUAAAGGAAAUUCUGAAAAACGACCCCGAGUGUUAUUCAAUUUCGAAAGCGGAUCUCGAUUCCCACUCUGAUUCAUAUUUCGGUACUCACCAUGCCACAGAGGAACAAAGACCACGGAUAGUCCUUUUUCCACACAAUACACAAGACGUUUCUGAAAUCCUCAAGAUAUGCCACGAAUACAGCAUCCCAGUGAUCCCUUUUUCCGGCGGAACUUCCCUGGAGGGCCAUUUCUUGCCCACGAGGAUAGGUUGCACUGUUAUGGUGGAUCUAUCUAAAUAUAUGAACAAAAUUCUCCAAUUGGACAAGUUAGACUUGGAUGUGGAAGUGCAAGCCGGAGUUCCUUGGGAAGACUUGAACGAUUACUUGAAUGAGCAAAACUUGUUGUUUGGAUGUGAUCCCGGUCCAGGAGCUCAAAUAGGUGGGUGCAUUGCAAACUCAUGCUCCGGAACUAAUGCGUACCGCUACGGGACGAUGAAAGAAAACGUGGUGAACAUAACCGCAGUGCUAGCGGACGGAACUAUUAUCAAGACCAAGAAAAGACCCCGUAAGUCUUCUGCUGGCUACAACUUGAACGGACUUUUGAUCGGAUCGGAGGGUACUUUGGCUGUUGUUACUGAGGCAACCGUCAAAUGCCAUGUCAGACCUGUGAAGGAAACAGUUGCCGUUGGCUCUUUCCCAAGUGUUGGGGCCGCCGCGGCCUGUACUUCCAGAAUCAUUCAAGAGGGUAUACAACUUAAUGCGAUGGAACUGUUAGAUGAUAAUAUGAUGCAAAUUGUGAACAAGAGCGGAGCGACUUACAAAACCGAUUGGGUCGAGGCGCCUACGUUGUUCUUCAAGAUUGGCGGACGUAACGAUAACAUUAUAUCUGAGGUUGUGGGUGAAGUGAAACGCAUUGCCGAAAAACACGGGUGCCACAAGUUCGAAUUUGCCAAAGACGACGACGAGAAGUUGGAAUUGUGGGAAGCGCGCAAAGUGGCUCUGUGGUCUGUGAUCAAUGAGGGCAAGGCCAAAGAUAGCAAUAUCAACGUAUGGACUACGGAUGUUGCCGUGCCGCUGUCGCAGUUCUCGAAAGUCAUCGAAGCUACGAAAAAGGAAUUGAAGGACAGUGGCUUGCAAAGUGCUAUAGUAGGACAUGCUGGGGACGGUAAUUUCCAUUCAUUCAUUCUGUACAACAACCAAGAGCGCAGCAAGACGUCGAAGAUUGUGGACAAUAUGGUGCAGCGCGCGAUCGAUGCCGAGGGAACCUGCACGGGUGAGCAUGGUGUUGGUAUUGGCAAGCGCAAGUUUUUGUUGGAAGAGCUGGGCGAAGCUCCAGUGGAUCUGAUGAGACGUUUGAAAAUGGCAAUGGAUCCGAAAAGAAUCCUGAACCCCGACAAGAUUUUCAAGAUCGAUCCCGAGGAUCGCGAGGAAUGA